AUAAUAACAGAUUGAAAAAUGGAAGCAAUGUCCAUUUGCAGCCAAGAACACUUGUGUUACGCAAGAAGCAUCCAUCUGCCCGUCAUCAGACAAACAAAGGCAUCAGCAAAUUAAUUGCACCCAGAUCCAAGAAACCAAGAGCACAAGGUCAAAAACAGCGAGGCACUUGCGUCCCAGAUCCAUCGUCAGAGCCGGCAUCAGAUAGCUUCCUUCCCACCGCGCCGAGCUCCAAAGCCAAGCAGCCGACCAUGACCUCGGCCUCCGGCAGCCGGCGCAUCACCAUCAAGUCCAUCUCCUGCCGCGGCGUCAAGGCCUUCGUCCCGUUCCAGAAGCCGCCGCUCUACGCCGCGGUGUCCCUCGGCGGCCGCCGGGAGAAGACGCCGCCCGACGCCGACGGCGGCGAGUGCCCGGACUGGGACGACGCGGCGUUCGCGUUCGACCUCGACGGGGACGGCGGGGGCCAGCAGCAGCUGGUGGAGUUCGAGGUCAAGGCGCAGGUGCCGCUCCUCGGCACCAAGCUCGUCGGCACGGCUAGCGUGCCGGUGUCCGACCUGGCGGCGCACGGAGGGGGAGCCGGCGCCGGCGCCGGCGCGGCGCUGCGCCACGUCAGCUACCAGGUGAGCGCCCCCGACGGCAAGCCGAACGGCACGCUCAGCUUCGCAUACGCCAUCAGCGGCGGCCCCGGCGCCGGCGCGUGUCCGCAGCCGCAGCAGCUCUACCCGGCGCCGGACGGCGCGCGGCCGGAUCAAAAUCCGAGCUUUUGCUGCGCGCCUCCGCCGACCGCACCCUACCUUGCUCCCGCGGCGGCAAACUUCGCGCCACCGAGCGGCGGGUACCCUCCGCCACCGCAGCCGUCGCCGCCGCCAGCUUCCGCUCCUCUCUACCCGCCGCUGCAAGACUUGCUUCCGCCGAUCAGCUACCCCCCUCCCGCAGCGCCUAAUCCACAGUUCCCAUCGCCAAACAGCAGCAGCAGCUACCCGCCGCCGCCGACGGCGGCUGUCAUCGCGUACCCGCCGCCACCCGCGUCAUGUACCGCCUGCCCAGCGCCUCCGGCGGAGUACACCAGCUACCCGCCGCCGCCGACGGUGGCAUACCCGCCACCACCACUUGCGUCAUGCGCAGCCUGUCCUUCGGCGCCUCCGGCACCGUACUCCAGCUACCCGCCGCCACCAUCGACGACCUACCUGCCGCCACCGCCGAGCGGCUACCCACCGACACCGGCGUCCAAUUUGGCCCCUCCGACCAGCACCUACCCGCCCCCGGCGGAGUCAGGCUCGGCCUACCCAGUUUAUCCCAGAUCGGCGCCUUCGCCCCCGCCGAGCACGGUGGACCGUGCGCUGCCGUACUACCCGGCGCCGCCCGGCGGCUCGUACUACCCUCCGCCGGGGACGCGGCACCCCGAGCUCGACGGCGCCGCCAGGACGCCGCACUACUACCCGCCGCCGGGGACUCGGUACCUGUAGGAGGAACUCGGGGGGGACAAUCUGCAACCUUGUCCUUGUGAAACUGUGAUGGCUGACUAAAAUUAUUUUUUGAGGACCCAGUUCCUUUUUUUCUGGA